AUUCAGAGUUUAGGGCCCCUAGUACUUUGGCCAAGCCUGCACUCUGCUGACUGUGUUUGGGGAGGUUCUGACCUGAGGAGCGCUCAUUUUAUCUGUUUAACAGGCGCAUAGGAAGCAUCACAUCAAGCUCUCCCUGGAGCCCUGAGCGGCCUUUCUGCAGGGGGCAAUGAUCUUUUAUUAACAGCUGAAGAAUGGACACUAACGAGGGGACUGAACUUCUCCUCCCGGUGUGAACCUUACAACGCACCAUAAUGACAACACAAAGACCGAGUGAGGCAGAAAUGUAACAACACUUGUUAAGAGGCUUCAGAGCAUUGACAGCUCCAGGUUAGCCCGUGCGGGGGCUCCAAGACGGACGAGGAAACCCCGAGGAUCAAGGCCUCCUGUCCGGAUGACACCAGCAGGAGCCAGCCACAAUGCCCUACUCAGCUAGCAUUAGCUAAGCUAACUAAUGUCUUCCCUGAAUUCGACAUAAUUGUAAAUGGAUAACUUUUUUUCAGCAACUUUAUUUGAAGUGGUUUGGACUGGCAGUUGUUAAAGAGGUUGCUGUCGCCGUAUGGACGGACAACAUCCGCCACAGGAGCGGGAGUAAAAACUGCGGAGGGCUCUUCAGGUGAGACUUGUAGCUUUAUGUAGCCAACGUCCAUGUUAGCCUGCUAGCUUGAUUACUUAACGCUGUGUAGUUGAGGUAACUAAAACUGCCAUAAAGACCAGCUGUGAAUUGAUAUAAAGUGAUUUUCUCCACUGUUCACAGUGAUUUAUUGUGCACUUUUAAUUGAUACUCGGUAACUUCACGGUGCGCCACAGCGUUAGGGUGUCAAAAUUUGAGGAGGUGUUGAUGAGCAGAAUAGCAUUUCUCACUAUGUUAACUAGCUUUAGCCGCGGUUAGCAUCUUUUCUGAGGUUUAAUUUAAACAUUUCAGUGGUUGUUUUGCCGAAAACAAGGACACCAGAUUAGCUGAUAAAGGUUGAUUUAAAAUGAAGGUUUGAGGUUGUCAGUCUUUGCAUCUAUGUGUGGUAAGGGUUUCAGAAGACUGUCGAGUUAAAUUCACUUAAACCUUUGCUCCCCUGACAAGAACUACCAAUUUAUUUAAUUUUACUUGUGCAUGCUUUCAUUUUUGUGGCACUGUCAUCACAAUUUGAUCCUAUUUAGUCUUAUUAAAGACAGUCAUUGGCUGUUGGAUUCCCUGUCAGCAAGGAUUCCCCAUUGGAGUUCAGCCCUUUAGUUAAUAUAGUUGUUAUAACUGCAUUAAAGGUGAGAAGAUCUUGUAGGGGAUUCAUUUUAAGUCCCUCUGCAUCAAUGUCUCUCAGAGUUAAAUGACAGGGUGUCACCUCCCUCUCAGUCCACAUACUGGUUUGUUCACUUCCAAGCUGGCAUCUGGAUAUUCAAUUUCACCGUAACAAGUCAAGAAAUAAUGAACUUUAUUCGUAGGGCUGACAUUUAUUUGCUACAUACUGCGUACAACGGAGUAUCACUGUAUUAAAAGCAGUUAGAGUGUUCAGGUUGGACCUCAGGAUAAAAAAGAUGAUUGUGUCACAUUGCCUGUUUAAAUGAGAAAAACAUCAUGCAAGAUAUUUAGAUCUCUUCGGCCUGUUUGUAUGUCAGCCAUACUUAGUAUGGCAUCAACACUCAUGUCCUUGUCCACAUUCGGGCAUUCUUUAUUGUUUGUGUAUCUCUCUCUCUAGGCAUGAUGGAAGGACUUCAUAGCCAGGCUAUAAGCCUGGAUCCACGCAGACAGGAGCUGCUUGAGGCUCGCUUCACUGGAGUUGGUGUGACCAAGGUUUGCAUCUCUAAAUGAUGUAAUAAAAUUUGUUUUGUUGGUAAGAGUGGGCAGCUGUCUUCAAUAGAAACAACCAGAGAGGUAAUGCACCAAAGAUAGAAGCAAAAAGAAAUGUAAUCUGUGUAUUUCUGCUGCUAACUUAAUGGGGUGCCCUUCUUGACUUUGCUGACACCAAUUUUGGAAUAUAAAAAAAAAUAGCUCAAAGUUUACCUGCAGAAAACCACCCUUCACCCCUACUGUUUUUGUGUACAAACACAAAAAAGGACCUGAGCACCCUGUCAGCUCUCUUGUAUGAUAAUCCUUUAGCUUGGAAGUAUUCUCUGUUUCCAGCAUUGACUGGCGCUCAGUGUCCAGAGUUUUCCCUGGUGGAAUGACGGUGUCUCCCUGAUCUAAAGCUAAACAAGACAAGCUCUGUCUUUGCUGACAUGGGAGCUGGCCAGCAGCUCUUUGUUUCAGCUGAGACUAGUGACACUGAAAUGGCAUCGAGGCUGAAGCUCACAGCACAGGCUGCGCACGAUGCUGCAACCCUGCUGUUGAACUGAGCAUUAGAAAAUGGCACUCCCUGAGAAAGCAAUCACUCUUUUCAUGCCCCGGCCUAUAGCGUGCUGUUCCGAAAUGAAGUGUCAGGCCUGCUUGCUGGCCAGAUCGCUGUAGUAAUACACUGAGAAGGAUUGAAGACUGGGACGAUUGUAAUAUAGUAAAUGUUUUCUGGAAGUACCACUAUUUGGACAUGAGUUGUAUACAAGCUUGGAUAAAAAAACUAGCAUUUCUGGCUAUGCGUGUGACCUUGAUCAGCAGAAAGCCAGCAGGCUUUAAAGCAUUAGCCUCCUGCUCCAAUUAGCCUGCUGUUUCUUCUUAGUCUCAUCAGGCUGUGCAGCUGGCCGUGAAUGGUAUGCAUGACACUGUCUGAUUUCACCUAGUGGAUGUUAACUGAAGAUUUGCAGAUUAACAUUGGAAGGCCUGUUAAACUUCCACUGUAGCUUCCAGGCUUAUUAGACUAGAUUACUUAGUGAUUAAGGAGACGUGACUUUUAGAUGUAACAAAGAAGUAAUUGAAACACCAUGAUUGAAAAGGCCAAAAAGAUCCAAGAUUCUGUCAGUCAUUUCCUCCUAAAUUUGUUGUGUUAAUAUCUUUUUUUAUUUGAUCAAUUUUCAGCACCUUUCUCAUAACCAAAAAGAUAGCAACAGACUGAUAUGUCAUGUCUAAUGUGUGCAUUUGUCUUCCAGAGUUCAGCCAACAGUGAAUCAUCCAACCAGUCUCUGUGCAGUGCUGGAUCACUCAGUGACAAAGAAGUGGAGGUGUGUUGGUGGUUGAUCCAAUUCUUGAGAAAUGUUGGCCUUCUCAUAAGGUCCUCCUGACCAUGUGUGCACUAACUGAUGUUUACUGGUGUCCCUUUGUUAUUGGUGAUGUAGCAUUUUGUCAUCAGUGAUACAGUUGGCUACAAUCAGGUCAAGCAUCUGUUUGUGAGUUAUCCAUUUCCAUUUACCAGUGGACAAACUCAUAGAGUCACAAAUUUGUCUAGAAUUGUAACAGACAAAAUGAGAGUUUGAAACGAGUGAGAGUAGUUCCCUCUCCAACAAGAGUGUGUUUUGUUUAGAAAAAGGUCUUGACAGGCAGGAAAACCUCACAAGCAAGAGGUAAACAUGCUGGCCCAGGUUUAAACCUGAGAACUUCUUUGUUUGAGGCAACAGUUGCAAAGAAGUGAAUCAACAAAUCUAAACAAAGUGUUCCUGUUGACAUUGUGGUGUUAAGUUUCUUUGAACCACAAGAGCAAAUAUAGCUUCAAACUUAAAAGUGCACGACUUCAUUUUUUCAACAUGGGUUCUUUGUCUCUACAUUAAUGUGGUAAAUGAAAAUCAAAGCUUUGCUUCUGCUCUGCCCAUUACAGACACCGGAGAAAAGAGGCAAUGAUCAGAGAAGCAGAAAGAGAAAAGGAGACAUUUACGACAGCAACAGCCAGGGUAAGACAUCUGCCCUGACUCUUGGGAUUUUUCAACGAACAUGGCAUCCUAUAUAAAGAACUAUUACAUUUUCUUUAGCUUUAUAUCAACACUUCUUUCAUCUUAGUUGUAAAUACAAUUAGAGAAACCGGAGUAAAAACUCUGCAGUCUAAUUACAUUUUGUGUUUUCACCUGUUUUUUGUAGGAAAGUUACGAGGGCACAAAAUCAGUGAUUAUUUUGAGGUGAGUAAAAACCUAACAGACCUUAGAUCUUUCUUAAACCUUAGUGUGACAUUUAAACCCUCACUUUCUGACUCUGCUGCUGUAGUUCUUCAUCACUUUCUUCCUUCCUUCUGUCUUGUUUGCACUCUUGUCACUCUUGUCCCUGUGGCCAGUUCGCUGGUAGCAGUGGCUCUGGCACCAGUCCUGCCCGGGGCAUUUCCAUGCUGGUGCGCUCCUCUCCACAGCACUCACUGUCUAAUCCUCUGGUGAGCACCAGCAUCCAUCUCCAUCGCUCUCACUACAGCUUUGCCUGUUUAUUUUUCUGACUUACUGCACUGGUUUACUGUCUUCACCAAGAGUCUUACUCACGUGUUAAUAAUAUUUCUUUUCUCUGUUUUUUGCGUUAGUAUCAUCAUGUUGGAGAUUUUGAUUGCCUUUUUUUCUGAGGCUGUAGUGGACCAAAAAAAAUCCACCAAAAAUCCACCCACUUAUCAACUAAUCAAUUGAUCGAUGGGGGGGAGCUGCACAGUAUCUGUAGAUCAACCUGAUCAUUGAAAGUGUUGUCAGUACGCCCUGGCUGGUAGUCUGAAUGAACUUCAGGGUUGACAUGUGCUUUUUGCAGCAUCAUGAAUUAUUUUUAACCUCAUGAAGAUGAACUGAAAUAAUAAAAAAUGACUCUGAGCUGACCAGUGGGCUCUGGCCUGUAUUCAUAAUCUGGAAGUAUAACUACCAUCUUGACCUGAAUCAAAUGAAAUUAAAAAAAAAGAUCAUGUGUAAAUGAAGCGUUAGGAUUUAUAUACUGUAAUAAUAAAAAUAUCCCGCAGUCUGUCAGAUGGAUAACGGCUCUGUAAAUAGGCAUCUUUAAGAAUGUAACAGACUUGCAUGCAUUAGGUUAGGACAUCAUGCACUCGUCAUUUUUGCAUUACACUUCAUGGCACUGGGUUGUGAAGGGUUGUGUUAGCAGUGUCUCUAUUUAGUGAAUGUACUUUACUAUCUGGGCAAAGCAGUGAUUUGCAGGUCAGGGUAUUUUCAUUGUUGUUUCCAUUUGUUCUUAAAAGAAUUCUCCUGAAUAAAAGGAGGUUCAAGUUUUUUUUUUUAUAACAAAACUUUAUAGUUUUAUGAGUCAUAAAUGCACCUUCUUAGGUGAGAUUUUUCUCUGCAAUUAUCCACCCUUUCUUAAUCACUUGGAUCUCAUAAAGCAACAACAGUUUGUUUUUUUCUUGCACUCUUAAAAAGUUUCUGUCAAAACAGCUUUCAUAAUAUGUGUUUUUGUUUUCUUGAAUCGCCCUAUAAUAUCCGUGUUAUGUUACUGAAUUUUAAGUUGUGUCUCUCUACCUGUCUCUCUCCUCUGUUUUUCUGAAUCACAGUUUCAGCAGGGUAGUCCUUCGUCCACAGGCUCGGCCCACACAGACUCCUCCUCUUGCAGCUCUGUUAAGACAGCUCCCACACACUCCUACUCCCAUAAGGCCACUCAGGUAAUGCGCCCACUGAUGCAGAUCUCUGCUCCACAUUAGGGCUGGGCAAAAUGGCCUCAAAUCAAUAUCACGAUAUAUUGAGCAGUUCACCUCAAUAACGAUAAAUGGUCGACGAUAACUACUCCACUAGCUGCUCACCCCCUCCCACAUUAACAUCGUAUACUUCAGCUGCUGCUCCAGCUGCUACAACUUUUGAACCAUCUUUCAUCUCCUCAGUUGUCUUCCUUCUUUGUAUGGACUGGAUAGGGUGGAGUCACGUCUCUGACGUAGGACAGCGUCUUAAAGGGACAUGAGACCAUCGCCUACCUACAACCAUCUAAAACCAACUUUUAUUUAUUUUUUUGACGCCAAAUAUAUUGACAUGGGCAAAAUGACGGUUAUUGUUGUAAAUUUUGGUAUCUGUAAAUUUUUGGUUUAUUGCCCAGCCCUACUCUACAUCAACUUGUACCAUAUUUCUUCAGUAUACUCCCAGUCAUGUUGUCUUUGUCCUCUUUUACAUGCAUUUCUUUUUUACUAACUUAAGUGGAGUGUUGAAGUGGAAACAUUUUUGUGUCCUGAACUUGUCCCUCUACUGUCUGUAGAGAAAAAGCAGAAUCUCCCUUUAAGCUGAGUUUGACAAAGCUUUAAACUUUGACUCAGCCUCACCCCUUCUUCACUCAAUUGAAAAAGCAGCUCUUGUUUCCGAAGUUGCGACUGCAAAAAUUAAAGGUCAAUUUUUAAUUGGCUUUAACCAACCACAUCACAGUUUAUGUGACAUGCACCACACAUCCAAUUAUCCUUUUAGUUUUUUUUAAUUGGCUUAAUUAAAGGUCAACAUUUUGAAUUCUGAGGUGAUAACUAAGAUACCAGUGACUCCUUUUGGUACACUUUAAAGUGAUGAACGUGAUACACACAGGCCCAAAGGGCGUCUGCAUCAAAUGAUCAGGCAGAAAUGUUAACUGUCGACCUGUUGUUGCUUUUCGCCCUCCGUUUUCAGUCAGAACUGACACUGCUGAAGCUGAAAGCUCUGGAGAAGAACAAGAACUCUGAUCUGGAGAAGAAGGAGGGGAGGAUAGACGACCUGCUGAGGGUGAGAUGAGGAGCAAAAAUUUUAUAUGAAAGCCACAACAGGUUGAAUUUGGUUUGGAGCGUGAAGAAAGUUUCUGGGUUAGAUUAGAAGUUAAAACAAGUUUUUGUUUAAUCCUGCACAAAAAUUACACUUUAAUCUUUUUAAAUAGAUCAAUCAAAAACGCCUUAAAUGAACACUUACCAUUGUAGACAAAUGUACCCUUGCUUGUCUGGUAAAUAAGCUGUGCCUGUCUGGUUGCAGCUCAUCAUGAAAAUCCUCAUUAUUUCUCAAAAACCAUUGUAGCCCAAAUUAGACUUGGUGUAAAUGUCAGCAAACAAAGCCAACGCUGAUUGUUGUUGCAUCCUGUCAGCCUCAAAGGCUUUAUGUAAUCAGUGUGAGAUGUCACAGUGAUUAUGUAGUGUCAUGUUUUGGCAGGCAAACUGUGACUUAAGGCGGCAGGUAGACGAGCAGCAGAAGAUGCUGGAACGCUACAAAGAACGGCUUAAUAAGUGUGUGACCAUGAGCAAGAAGCUGUUAAUCGAGAAGGUGAGUGGAGCUGUGCAUUGAAUCAAUGGUUGUUUGUAAUAAACAACAAAGUGCCCCCAUCCUCUCCUUUUGGAGAAAAAUUUUUGCAAAUUAUAACCUUGAUGGUUGCUUGCAAGUUGUGUUGGUGAUGGUGAUUGGGCUGCAGAAAUGAUAACAGCCUGUCAAAGGAUAGUAUUUAGUGCAUAAUUUAGCUGCUUUUUACAGAAUGAUCGUUUUUGUUGUAGUCAAAACAGGAGAAGAUGGCCUGCAGGGACAAGAGCAUGCAGGACCGUCUGCGUCUGGGCCACUUCACCACCGUUCGGCACGGCGCUUCCUUCACCGAGCAGUGGACAGAUGGAUUCGCCUUCCAGAACCUCAUCAAGUCAGCAUGCAAACAGGCUCAAACAUCUGUGCAUGUUUUUGUCCACUUGAAAUUAAGUGGGUGUUCACACGGGAUUGUUCUCAAACAUUUUCAGGCAGCAGGAGAGAAUCAACUCACAGCGGGAGGACAUGGAGAGGCAGAGGAAGCUGCUUGGGAAGAGGAAACCUCCAUCCAUGGCCUCCACGCCUCUGCCCAGCCUGGAACAGAACAAGAGAAAGAGCCGAAGCAUCGGCCAGGAGAAUGAAGCGUAAGAUCCCUAAUUAGAGCUCAUCACAUUGCAUUGUGAAUUCUCAAUGUGCACAAGCCUUACAUUUACAACAAGGAAAAAAUACAUCUUUGAAACGACGCUUAAAUUUGUUGUUUUUUCGAUCUUAAGGUGGCGUAUAAAAUAUAUCAAAAUCUGUUGCUUCUCCAUUUCUCAAAGGUUGUCACUUGCAGAAUAUCACGAGCAAGAGGAGAUUUUCAAACUUCGAAUCGGUCAUCUAAAAAAGGUACCAGUUCACAGCUUGAACCAGCGUUUCAUAGUUCACCUCAAGAACAGCUAUUGCUUGUUCCUGUUUAUCAGGGAUAAAAUUAGACGAUUGAUUUGUUUGACUGUUUGUAGGAAGAGGCAGAGAUCCAAUCAGAGCUGGAGCACUUGGAGCGAGUUAGAAACCUGCACAUUCGGGAGCUGAAAAGAAUCCACAAUGAAGACAGCUCCCAGUAUGUAUCACUAGUUUCACUUGUCCCAGUUUCUAAAGUGGGGCUUGGAAUCUUUUAAAGUGAAGUUUAAAACGCUCAAUGCCUAAGUAAAUGUUUAUCUCUUUAGAUUUAAAGACCAUCCCACGCUGAACGAAAGAUAUCUGCUGUUGUAUCUACUAGGACGAGGUGGUUUUAGUGAAGUUUUCAAGGUAAGUGUGGGUCUACUAGCUAACCACAAGUCUUUAUUAGUACCAGUAUAUAGUCAUCAAAGCAGUUAUUGAUCAUAUAAUGCUUUUGGCAGGCUUUUGACUUGACAGAGCAGAGAUAUGUGGCCAUUAAAAUCCAUCAGCUCAACAAAAACUGGAGGGAGGAGAAGAAACAAAACUACCACAAGUGAGUCUGAAUGUUUGUUCUCCCUGUAUAUGCUACACCCUGAAGUUUACACCCAUCAUAGAAGGAUCUAUUUAUGAUUUUUAUUGUCUAUUUUUUUUUCAGACAUGCUUGUAGAGAGUAUAGAAUCCACAAAGAGCUGGACCACCCAAGAAUAGUCAAACUGUACGACUAUUUCUCACUAGAAACAGACUCGUAAGUAAAUCACCGAACAAUAAUCUCACCUGAAUAGAUAUUGUAAAUUCAUGUGCGACGUUUAAUAACUGGAUUGACCUUACUGGCUGUAUCUGUUGUACACUCUCGCUCAGGUUCUGCACAGUGCUGGAGUACUGCGAAGGCAAUGAUCUAGACUUCUACUUAAAACAGAAUAAGCUGAUGAGCGAGAAAGAGGGUCGCUCCAUAGUCAUGCAGAUAGUCAACGCCCUCAAGUACCUCAACCAGAUCCGUCCACCCAUCAUCCACUAUGACCUCAAACCAGGUUGAUUUCACUGUCUGAGCGGGUCACUUUGCAUCACUCCUUUUCAAUCUUUUAUUUGAACUCAUCCAUCUCUGUUGACUGUGAUUGCAGGAAACAUUCUAUUGGUUAAUGGCACAGCCUGCGGAGAGAUUAAGAUCACUGACUUUGGCCUGUCGAAGAUCAUGGAUGACGACAGCUACAGCUCUGCAGACGGCAUGGAGCUGACGUCACAAGGAGCCGGGACCUACUGGUACGCAGACAUAUUUCACUUUGGUAACCAAGCAACAAAUAAGGCCUCACAAGACGGCAGCAAAGGGAGGUGGUGCGCUCAUAUAGGUCAACCUAUUUUAAUGUAAUGUUGUGAUUGUUGUGUCUGCAGGUAUCUGCCCCCUGAAUGCUUUGUGGUGGGCAAGGAGCCGCCCAAAAUAUCCAACAAGGUGGAUGUUUGGUCAGUAGGGGUCAUCUUCUACCAGUGUUUGUACGGACGCAAGGUAAACAGUCAUCUGCCGGCUGGAGCAGGGAUUCAUUUCAGGUCAGAUUUGUUUGAUCAAGGUGGAAAAUGAAACUCAAAAGUCUAACAACAUUGUCCUUUUUUUGUUUUUCCCCUCAGCCCUUUGGUCAUAAUCAGUCGCAGCAGGAUAUCCUUCAAGAAAACACCAUUUUAAAAGCUACUGAUGUGCAGUUUCCCCCAAAACCUGUGGUCACCACAGAAGCAAAGGUGUUGUGCUCAUUUCACUCAGAUCCAGGUGUAGAAGGAAGAUUCAGCUGCUAUUUAGAUUUAGACAUUUAUGAAGAGAAUAGACAGGCCUCAAUAUUGUAGAAACAAAUGUGAUUGGCAGAAAACAGUCUGUGCAGAGGAGUGAGCAUCUGUUCUCCUUUCUCUCUCUCUGCAGGCCUUCAUUCGACGCUGCCUCGCUUAUCACAAGGAGGACCGUGUGGACGUGCUGCAGUUGGCCAGCGACCCCUUCCUCAUGCCACAUAUUCGUAAAGCACUGGGCAGCAGCACUCAGCUGGCACCUCCUCUUCCCUCCACCUCCAGCGUCUACAGCAGCAGCGCCUCUGACUGAAGCAAGCUGGGGGGAAAAAAAAAAACAAACUGAAAUAAACCCCUCCCCUCCAGCGAGGACAGAGCCACGCGGAGACGUUCCACACUUGACGAAACUCCUCUUUUGCUCCCUCAAUGAAAGAGCAGAGAGCAUGAUGGGAUGUAGGGAUCCUAAAAGUGUGAACUGAACCAAAAUAAUGGUUGUAGUGGUGAUGUAGUUAACAUGACCACCACCAUCAUCCAAGUGGUAUAAAUGAAGGGCCAGUCUGUGGCUGUGGGCUCGGUAGAACCCAAAGAUCUGCCCAUAUGCAUGCACUAACACAAAAACUCUGGCUCGAUUCAAGGGGCUUCUUUAUGUGAUAAAUAGUGAAAGCACCUGAAAAAUUGCACAAACGUUCGGCAGAGAAGUCACCGUGUGUGGAAGAUCUGCCUGUACUCUGAGAGAGGCGUACAAGUCAAAGCAUAAAUGAAAUGUCAUUGCAUUCUGCUUGAGCUGAAUCAUCUAUCCAAGUAUUUUUCAUAAACUAUAAAACAGUCACUUUCCAACAUAUCUCCCUGUAGGUUUGGAAGGGCUUGUAAAAGUAAUAAGUAGAGACUGAUGACCAAAGUUCAAGACCAGCUUUGUCGACACAAAAACCAUUUGAUGGUUCAGAAAUGACUUGAAACAGAAGAGAGCUGAUUCUGAGGAGUUACUGCUUUUGACCUAUUUUAAAGAAUUUACUGGAAAACUGGAAGUCAGCUUCUUAUUUUAAUUUUGAAGUCCAUAUUUUUCCAUGAAAUUUAAUCCCUGCAAUGUUUUUAACAUUAAAAGAGGGGACUGGCAAUGAGUGAGUGAUGUGUUGAGAUUGAAACAGAAAUAAUAAUGAAAUCAUUAAAAAAGUUUGGUUAAUA